AUCCUCGCAUAAAUACAUCGCAAUGGCGAAACGAAAACAAGAACGAGACCCGGAAGAGCUACCGGAUGCAUCAGACAAGCGCAAACAGAAAGAUGACGACGAUUCCGGCAGCGACGAGGACAUGGACAUGGUGAACGUCGACUUUGAAUGGUUUGACCCACAACCCGCCGUCGACUUCCACGGCCUCAAGAACCUCCUGCGUCAACUCCUAGACGUAGACUCGCAACUCUUCAACCUAUCUGAACUCGCAGACAUAAUCCUGUCGCAACCGCUCCUCGGCAGCACUGUAAAGGUCGACGGCAAUGAGACGGAUCCCUAUGCUUUUCUUACUGUUUUGAAUUUGGAGACAUACAAGGACAAAAAAGUAAUCCAAGACCUAACCACCUACCUGACCAAAAAAUCACAACCCACAAUCCCCAGCCUCGCCCCCCUCCUCGCAUCCACAUCCACCGCGCAAAUUGGCCUCAUCUUGACCGAGCGCUUCAUAAACAUGCCGCACGAAAUCGUGCCUCCAAUGUACACGAUGCUCUUGGAAGAAAUCCAAUGGGCGGUUGAGGAAAAGGAGCCUUACACCUUCACCCACUACCUCGUCCUUUCAAAGUGCUAUUCUGAAAUCGCGUCGCAGCUACCCAGUCACGAUACAGCGCCGAGCAAGAAACGGAGUAAGAAGGCUGAUGGAGGGGAGGAGACGUUUUACUUCCACCCAGAGGAUGAGGUGUUGCAUAAGCAUGCGGUGGGUUAUACGAGCUUCGAGUAUGAUACGCCCGUGGAUGAGGGGGCGAGUGAUAGUAAGAGGGCGUUUCAGGAGUUGGGGGUCCGGCCAAAGGGACAUAUGGUAUUGAUUGAGGCAGGGAAUUUUGAGGGUGCGGUAGAGGCUGUGAAGGGGUUCUUGAGCGGGCAAUGAGAAAGAAAGAAAAAGGAAGAAAUAGAUGUGAACAUGAACGAGAAAAGGAUCGCAAAACAUGAUUCUAACUGGUGUUACAUUGCCGGCACAAGCCGAAUCUAUAAACCAAACCGUUGAGGAAAUAUUGUUGAUGCACCGCUCCUAUAGACACAAAGCCUCAAGGCCCCUCCC